UUGGCCGACAAGUGGAAAAACAAGGCCACAUGCGUAAACUUGAUCCUCGACCCUUUUCACAACAAUAUUUUGGGCAAGUCAUUUUACUCGGCCGUCACCGGUGUGCCGGUUUUCAAAACGUUGGUCGAAGAUUCCGAGGACUUGAUGUCACCCAACUAUCAGACGUGGCAAAUGCUGAACCAGGUGAGAAAAGAAGGAUGUGACAUGAACAUUAUAUUAAUACUGAACGCCGACCAAGUAACGAGGCUUUUGAAGUUCAACGACAAGCACAGAAUGUUGGAUUCCAAAACCAAGUUUAUGUUGUUGCACGACCGCAGGCUAUUCGCCAAACAGCACUACACGCUCUGGACGAAAAUCAUCAACGUGGUGUUCAUCAAGAAGUACAGGCAAAAGGAAAUGUACGAACUGUCCACGGUACCCUAUCCGGCGCCGGCCAAAGGUGCCCUGGUCACGCUCAGGCUGGACCUGUGGAGCAGGAGAAAAUUCCAGAAGCAGAUCGAUCUGUACAGGGAUAAGGUGUCGGACCUGCAAGGGUACUCGUUGAAAGUGGCCACGUUCGACUUUAUGCCGUCGGCGAUAAAAACAGCAUUGGCAGACGACGACGUCCAGACCAGCGGUUACACUAGUGGCUUAGAAAUUGAGGUACUAAAAUCGCUUGGCAGUGCUAUGAACUUCGUUCCGUUCAUUUACGAGCCGAUCAACUGGCGUACAGAGCAGUGGGGAAAAAAGCAACUUAACGGCACUAUCUCGGGGUUGUUGGGCGAAGUGUGGUCAGGUCGAGCCGACCUAGCCUUAGGCAACCUACACUACACUCCUUAUCACCUGAACAUUCUGGACUUGUCCAUACCGUACAACACCGAAUGCUUGACUUUCCUUGCGUUCGAGUCAAAAACCAAUAACUCUUGGAAAACGCUAAUACUUCCCUUCCAAUUGAACAUGUGGGUCGGUGUAAUCAUUACUCUGUUCGUCGGUGGAUUUUUAUUUUAUGCAUUGGCGACGGCUCAUAAACGUAUAGAAAACAGUGAAAGGAUCGAAGGACCCGUCGAAAGCCAAACUGAGCCUACGACGUUUGAAAAAAAAACGUUUUCACAUGUAAAAGAAUAUGCCGUCCACGCAAUCGACAAGAUAAAAUCUCUGUUCAGAAAACCGGAAAACCUAACAGAGCAAAGUGCUUUUGUCAUAAGUUACGUUAAAAAACCAAAAGAAGAUCUGCGGCCAAACAGAAAAAAUGUGAUCGGUUUGUAUCUGUUUGAAAACAUCGGCAAUAGCAUACUGUACACGUACGGCAUGCUGUUGGCUGUAUCGCUGCCGCAAGUUCCAAGCGGAUGGGCUAUUCGUAUUCUGACCGGCUGGUGGUGGAUGUACUGCUUGCUGGUCACUGUGGCUUACAAAGCGAGUAUGACUGCCAUCCUAGCUAACCCGGACACAAGAAUAACAAUAGACACUUUGGAAGCGUUGGCUGAUAGCAACGUCGACUGCGGUGGCUGGGGUGAACAGUCGAAAGAAUUCUUUUUGACUUCUUUGGACAAAACCGGCCAACGAAUCGGUCAAAAGUUUCAAGAAGUCUACGAUGUCAGCGGGGCGAUCGAACGUGUUUCUAAAGGCCAGUUUGCUUACUACGACAACAUUCAUUUCCUGCGGUAUUUGAAAGUAUUGCAAAAAACUAAAGUGUACGAACAAUAUCAACAGUCAAUUAAUGGUACGUUAAACAGUACGAGGAGUGGUGAUUUUACAUUGCACAUUAUGUCAAACUGUAUAAUUAACAUGCCAAUUUCGUUGGGCUUACAAAAAAAUUCACCGAUAAAGCCAGCGGUGGAUAAAUUUUUGAGAAGAGUCAUCGAAGCUGGUUUAGUAGAGAAAUGGCUAAAUGACGUGAUGCUGGACACGAUAAUACUGGAAGCACCACAAAAGUUUGAAGAAAUAAAAGCGCUAAUGGACUUGAGGAAACUUUAUGGAGCGUUGGUAGUUUUAGUGGCUGGAUACGUAGUUAGUGUUUUUUCAUUACUUGUAGAAAUCGGGUAUUGGUAUGGAGUGGUGAAAAAAGAUCCAUUAUUCGAUGAGUACUCGAUCAAUUGCUAUUACGCGAGAAAAAAAAUGUAG